AUGAGUAAAGAACUAAAGUAGGAAUAAAAUUCUAUUUAUGAAAUUACUAAAAAGCUUGAGCAAAACGACAUAAAAUACUUUUAGAAUCCUGACAUAUAGCAUUUAACAUCAAGGAAGUUCUCAGAUUAUCGCUGGACAAUUCUUCAUUUAGCUGUUUGGCACAAUAGAUACUAAAUUUUAAGUGAACUUUUGCAAAAACCUGAAGUGCAGUCGCUUGUAAACUGCAUAGAUUCAAAUAGUGAAACACCCUUACACUUAGCGUUUUAUGAUAGAAAACAUGAAUGUACUCUUCUUUUGUUAUAAUACGGAGCAAAGUUUGACAUGAAAAAUUAAAUAAAAUAAAGACCUGUUGAUGUGGUUGCAGGAAAGAAAGAAAAUUAAAUAUAAUUCCUCUAGUCGUUAAUGAAAUAGAAAGUUUCAUCAAGUGAAGAUGUAAAAUAGAUGCUAAGUAUGCUGAAAAGAAGAGUAAAUAAAAUAAAAAGUUUGAAUUAAAAUGAAGUGGAUGACUAUAACGAGAUUCUUCUGACUAAAAGUGACACUAUGAUUAAUUCUAAUUAGCUUUUAUUAAGUCUUAAAUACAUUUAAUAGGAAAUGGAAAACUCUUGCAUAGAUGAAAUACCGCUCGAAGCUUGUCCAAAUCAGAUAUUAGAAUUUAAAACUAAACAUUUUAUACAUUUAUUAGAUUAUUAUUCUACAACCAAGUGA